AUGGCGUCUUCGGGAGCUGGUGACCCUCUGGAUUCUAAGCGUGGAGAGGCCCCGUUCGCUCAGCGUAUCGACCCGACUCGGGAGAAGCUGACACCCGAGCAGCUGCAUUCCAUGCGGCAGGCGCAGCUUGCCCAGUGGCAGAAGGUCCUACCACGGCGGCGAACCCGGAACAUCGUGACCGGCCUAGGCAUCGGGGCCCUGGUGUUGGCUAUUUAUGGUUACACCUUCUACUCGAUUUCCCAGGAGCGUUUCCUAGAUGAGCUAGAAGACGAGGCCAAAGCUGCCCGAGCCCGAGCUCUGGCAAGGGCGUCAGGGUCCUAAUCUGGAUGGGUAUUGAUCAUGUCCAACCUGCUGGAGCCCCUUCACAUGGUGGAUGAUGCCCCAUGACCCUGUAGAAAUUGAAUCCUGCUCACAACAUUGUUGGCUUACUAACCUUGGACCGUGAUUGAGCCCAAGAAACCAGGGACUUAUGCAUUUGGCCACUGUCAAAAGAACAGAACUUAACCCACCGCACACUUGCUGUGUACAAUGACUGAGCCCUUUCUUGUAGUUUGUUUCCUUGUUUGAGAGGUGUGCAUGCGACCGUGGCUUUUCCCAAAGUUUCUGACUUUGUGGUUUACCCCCUUCACCUUCCAGGGACGCAGUUGUUAUGAGGUUAGACGUGGCAGCUCUGUGCAGUGUUUGAGCCUACAGUGGGAUACAUAGGGUCAAAUUGAGAAUAAUAAACCGAGUCAUUCUCCUGGA